AUGGGAAAAAAGAGGAUUCAAACCACCACCUCGACUGAAGCAGUUCGUUUGGCUGAAGACAAGGACUUGGGUAUCUCCCAUGGUCCUGGACCUGAUGGGAACAAGUUUGAUAUCCUCAUGCAGGAGGAGACCGAUGGCGUGGUGGCUGCGGAGAAGAUCUCCCGCAUCCUCAAGAAGCGGGGUGUUUGCCUUUGCGAAGCCAAUGCGCCACCGGAGCUUUUGAGCCAGGCCUUUGAUGAGGCCGAAGUGCUAUGGAAGGCUGGUGAAUUUGGCCCACCCAUGCAGGUCUUUGAUUCGGAUUCCCAGUUCGAGGCGCAGCUCUGGCAGCAGGUGCUGUACCAGGACGAGCAGAAGGUCUUGUGGAUGAGUGAGGAAGCGGCCUCCAGCAAAAGACGGAUGGACUCACUGAAGUUGCUCUCGCAGAACAUGUUGGAGUUCUCCAGAGGCUUGGGUGACAUCCUCGCACAGGACGGGGCUCCCCGUGUCUCCCAUCAGGUGCGCAAGGCUGAAGGGGGGGGAGGCUUUACUGGUGGUGCGCCAAGCACCCACGAAGGACCAUGGGGCGGAUGGCAGAGCUUUCGGCUGGUUGUGCCAUGGUUUGGGCUCCUUGAUCCAUUCAUGCACUAUCAUGCAGGCGUUUCUCCAGAAGAAAAGCUGCUGUUUGAAGCGGGCUAG